GCUUAAAUUCGCCGCAAUAUUUUACGCGUUUCUUUAAUAAAAUUGUCGCUUCGCUUAGUCGGGCGCAAAUUGCCUACAGGAAUUUCUUGCGUGUGUAAAGAGCGACUCGAUUGAUGCAAAAAUUUGUGCAAAAUAAAAAGCCGGUAUUUUUAAUUUGCCAAUUUUCAUUUAUCAAUUAUUAAAGGAGUUGAAAAGACAUGUCGGGUAUUGUGUUGGAUAAAGACACAUUUUUGCGUCGAAUAAAACGACUUUAUUCAGAAUGGAAGAAUCCUACUAUUGCACACGAUGAAUCGCUGAAGAAAGUGAGUUGUAUUAUGACGGUUGUUGGCGUUGACGAGGUCAUAGUUUAUUCGAAGUCAACAGCACUACAAACCUGGUUGCUCGGAUAUGAGUUCACUGAUACGAUCUCGGUAUUUACGAUAGAUGGAAUAUAUUUUCUUACCAGUAAAAAGAAAAUUGAGUUUUUAAGACAAAUAGAAAAUUGCAAAGAUACUGAGAUUCCAGAAAUCAAACUAAUAGUUAGAGAUCGAAAUGACAAAGACAAGGUCAACUUUGAAAAGUUACUGGGGUAUAUGAAAGCCUCUAACAAAGGCAAAGUAGUCGGUGUGUUCAGUAAAGACGGCUUCCCUGGCGAAUUUUGUGAAUCAUGGAAGUCGGUAUAUAAGAAGGAAAAUUUCGAAAAUGUUGAUAUUAGUGCUGCCAUUGCUUAUAUUAUGUGCCCAAAAGAUGAACCUGAAAUUAAUAACAUACGUAAAGCAGCUUUAGUUUCAGUUGAUUUAUUUACAAAGUAUUUAAAAGAUCAAAUUAUGGUUGUAAUUGAUUCUGACAAGAAAGUAAAACAUUCUAAACUUUCGGAGGGAGCUGAAAGUGCACUCACAGAUAAGAAAUAUGUAUCUGGAGUAGAUAUAUCAUUACUAGAAAUGUGUUAUCCACCAAUUAUACAGUCGGGUGGUGUAUACAGUUUGAAAUUCUCUGCGCAUAGCGACAAAAAUUUUCUACAUUUUGGGGUCAUUGUUUGUUCUUUGGGAGCACGUUAUAAGUCCUACUGCUCAAAUAUAUCUCGGACAUUUUUAGUAAAUCCCACUCAGCAAAUGCAAGACAAUUACAAUUUUUUAGUAAAUAUACAAGAAGAGAUUUUAAAACUGCUUAAACCAGGUAUAAAACUAAAUAAAAUAUAUGAUGCUGCUAUUGAAUAUGUCAAAAAGGAAAAGCCUUCUUUGCUCGAAAAUCUUACGAAAACUUUUGGCUUUGCUUUGGGUAUUGAGUUUCGUGAAAACUCUAUAAUAAUUGGACCCAAAUGCCAAGCAGAAGUUAAGAAAAAUAUGAUCUUUAAUGUAAAUAUAGGCAUAUCUAAUCUUACAAACUCAGAAUCGACUGACAAGGAAGGUAAAAGUUAUGCACUUUUUAUUGGCGACACAGUGUUGGUUGGUGAACAAUCACCUGCUAGCAUUAUGACACCAUCAAAAAAGAAAAUCAAAAAUAUCGGCAUAUUCAUAAAAGACGAUAGUGAUGAGGAUGAUGGUGACGAUAAGGAGGAAGUAAAAGAAGAUAAAGGUACGGAAAUACUUGGUCGUAGUAAGAGAAAUGCAGUAUUAGAAAGUAAAUUGCGUACUGAAACCAAUACCGAAGAGAAACGCAAAGAACAUCAGAAAGAAUUAGCUCAGCGCCUAAAUGAACAAGCUCGAGAGCGUUUAGCUAAACAAGGUGAUUCUAAAGAGGUAGAAAAGGUACGCAAAAAUACUGUCUCAUAUAAAUCAGUGAGCCAAAUGCCACGUGAAACGGAAGUUAAAGAGCUUAAGCUGUUUGUUGAUAAAAAAUAUGAAACUGUUAUUAUGCCGAUCUUUGGCAUAACAGUACCCUUUCACAUUUCGAUGAUUAAAAAUAUAUCACAAUCGGUAGAAGGUGAAUAUACAUAUUUACGUAUAAACUUUUUCCAUCCUGGUGCCACAAUGGGAAGAAAUGAAGGCGGCUUGUAUCCACAACCAGAAGCAACUUUUGUUAAAGAAGUUACAUAUCGUGCUUCAAAUGUGAAAGAGCAUGGUGAAGUAGCUGCAUCGUCAUCAAAUCUAAAUAAUGCUUUCCGUCUGAUUAAAGAAGUACAAAAACGUUUUAAAACACGUGAAGCUGAAGAAAGAGAAAAAGAGGAUCUAGUUAAGCAAGAUACUCUUAUACUUUCUCAAAAUAAGGGUAAUCCAAAAUUGAAAGAUUUAUAUAUACGUCCAAACAUAGUAACGAAACGAAUGACUGGCAGUUUGGAGGCACAUACCAAUGGUUUUCGUUACAUUUCCGUACGUGGUGAUAAGGUCGAUAUUUUGUACAAUAACAUCAAGAGCGCUUUCUUUCAACCUUGCGACAGUGAAAUGAUUAUACUUUUACAUUUUCAUUUGAAACAUGCCAUCAUGUUUGGCAAGAAAAAACAUUUGGAUGUACAGUUUUAUACAGAAGUUGGUGAAAUUACCACUGAUUUAGGUAAACAUCAACACAUGCAUGAUCGUGAUGAUUUGGCUGCUGAACAGGCUGAGCGUGAAUUGCGUCAUAAACUGAAAACAGCAUUCAAGAGUUUCUGUGAAAAAGUUGAAAGCAUGACGAAGCAACAAGUUGAAUUCGAUACACCAUUCCGUGAAUUAGGUUUUCCAGGUGCACCAUUCCGCAGCACUGUUAAUUUAAUGCCCACCUCUGGCAGUUUAGUUAAUCUUACUGAAUGGCCACCAUUUGUUAUAACACUUGAUGAUGUAGAAUUAGUGCACUUUGAGCGUGUUCAAUUUCAUUUACGUAAUUUUGAUAUGGUUUUUGUUUUCAAAGAUUAUCAUAAAAGGGUUGCUAUGGUUAAUGCAAUACCGAUGAGUAUGUUAGAUCAUGUAAAAGAGUGGUUAAAUUCUUGCGAUAUACGUUAUUCAGAGGGUAUACAAUCUUUGAAUUGGGCAAAAAUUAUGAAAACAAUUACUGAUAAUCCAGAAAACUUCUUUGAGGAGGGAGGCUGGACAUUCUUAGAUCCAGAAUCGGGCAGCGAAGGAGGAAAUGAAUCUGCUGAAUCAGAAGAAGACGAAGUUUAUGAACCGUCUGAUUUUGGUUCCGAUGAUGAAAGUGAUGAGGAUUCUGAAUAUUCGGAGGCAUCAGAAGAUGAAAGCGACGAUAGUGAAGAUCUUGGUUCUGAUGAGGAGUCUGGUAAAGAUUGGUCUGAUCUGGAGAGAGAAGCAGCUGAGGAGGAUCGUAAUCAAGAAUUUAAUGGAGACGAUAAACAUAAUGGCAAAAGCUAUGACAAAAAACAUUCAAAAAGUUCAAAACACAGUCGAAGUGAUCGAGGGAACCAGCAACAGAACAAAAAGCAUAAAUCUGCUACACACACAAAAAAUAGCAAACACACGAGUUCAACAUCCCAUAGCAGUAGCAAACUUAAAUCGUCAAAAGAUAAACAUCACAGCAAGGACAAGCAUCAUUCCUCAUCGCACAAAGAUCGUAGUCGCGAUAAAGGUCAUCACAGCAGCAGUAGCAAACGUUCCCGCGAGGAUAGUCGAGAUCAUGGACAUAAAUCUAAAAAAUCUCGUCAUUAACAAAACCAACAGCUUAAAAAAAAUUUUUUUUUAUUCUCUUAUUAAUUAAUACGUAUAGUUUUUUACUUUUAAGUUAUAUUAUCUUAUGGAUAUUACGCCAAUAGUACUUCUUUCAUAAAUCUCCACAACAAUUGCAUGAAUGAGUUAAAUUAUAUUUGUUUUUAUUUAAGUAAAAACCCAAAAAAAAACAAAAACGGAUUAACUUGU